UUUGAUGCAGAACACUUAAAACUUAAAUAUCUAAAUAAGGACUUAAUUAAAACUAAGUUGUUUACUCCUAAAGCUUAUGAUCCCAAGGUGCAAAUUCCAUAUGUAGUGCCACAUGGAGUGUGUCCCAGAGAACUAGCAAUUUUGAGAUUGAAAAAAACUUUUUCUAAAAUAAAUUUAAUAACUUUACUUCAAGAAGCAAAUAUUACAAAUGAAGCUUUAAUUCCUAAUAAACAAGAAAACUUUGAAUUACUGAAAGACAAACAGUCUUUAACUUACAGAUUUAAACUUGAUGAAUACUUACAUUUUUUGCCCUUGGAAAUGUUUGAUGACAAUGAAUUUGAUUGUCGUACACCACAAGAGUGGUUAUCACUUGGCAGAAUAGACAAUGAUACUUAUCUUGUACCUGGAAUUGCUUUUUUAAAAGCCUCCAAAGAUAAAGAAUCAGAUUAUCAAUGGGUUGAAGUAGCUGUGUGUAAUUAUAAUCCUGUUACAAGUUGCUUUUUAGUUAAGAAAAUUUCAGAAAUAAAUAAAGUUGAAUUAAUAGGAGAGUACUGGAUUCCAAGGAUAUAUUUAAUGUUUUUGGCUGAAAAUCCAAAAAUAUUUGUAAAAAGAAUUUUAGCUGCAUUAAAAUUGAGAAGAGAAACAGAAUUUCAUUUAAGAUAUAAUUUUUAUAUCAAUCAAAUGUUUACUCAAAAUUUACCAAUACUUGAUUCACAGUCAAUAGAGAUAAUAUUAAAUAAAGCAGUAAAAAAUUAUUCACAGUAUCAAAUGUUUAUUUCUGAAGUAACACAAGAUAUAAUUUCAAAUUAUCAUCAUACAUUUAAUGAACUUACAUUUAGAGAAGUUAUUCCUAAAUAUCCAGAUAUAUUUUCUAAUAUUAACAUACCAGAAAAAAAGAAAAUGAAAAUAUCUGAGAAAGGUUAUGAAUAUGAUGGUAUUGUCAUGUUUGAAGAAUUGAGAUUUCAGUUUUGUAAUCAUACUUUUAUGACAAAAAAGGAAAUUGUACUUGCCUUAGUUGGUAUAAUACUAGAAUUAAUUAAAAUUGAGGAUAUGAGGCUUUAUAAAUUAAAAAGAAUUGAAGCUUCUAGAUUAGAAGAAUUUGUAAAAACUCAAGAAGAAUCUGUAAAAUAUGUUUCCAUGAAUGUUCAUAAAACACUUACAGAGGACCUUUGUAGAGUUAUUCGUUCUGGUUUAAGGGAAUGCAACAAAGGAUGGUAUAACAUAUAUGAAAAUGAUUGGCAUAUUUAUGAAAAUUCAAAAAUGAAAAAGUUUAUGAUACAAGUUCAUUACAGAAUGCAGGAUUCUCUUCGAUUUAUGGUAGAAAAAGGACUCAGUUCAUUUUCACAAUUAAUUGUAGAGCUUUGUAAACCAGCAAUGGAUUUAAAUGAUGAAUAUAUUUGGGAAAAUGACCUUUCAAGUAGUAUAUUUAAGUGA